AUGCCUGCGACCGCGGCGCUGGCUGUGGUUGGCUGGGGUCUCCCUCGCCGCGGGCAUCUGGUCCCAUCUGGUCCCAUCAGGUAUCCAUCCAUCAAUCCGAACGAGGGCGACUUUCUCGGUGUUGGGGCUUUAGUUCGGGGUUUGAACGAGGGGCGGUCUUCGCGGGUAUGGCUGUUGUAUCUGACUGUGUUGAGAGAGUGGAAGACGAUGGGCUUCGCAGAGGAUUUACCGGAUGUUGCCGUAUCUACCGUAUCUACCGUGUCUACCGUGUCUACCGUCCAUUUCACUCACCUCAAGGUACCGAAUCUUUUCCAAGGUAAAGGUACCUGA